UGUCGUCUGCUCCAAAUUUCAGUCCACUUUAAACUCAGCUCAAGGGUGGAAGUGUCGUUAAUGGUUAAUGAGUUUGAACAUUAAGUACGAUCAAGAUAAUCAAAUUGACAAAAGUAAAAGUAGUCAAAAGUAAAAGUCAUUUUUGUGCAAAUAUCAGAGAAAAGAAUGUCGAUAAAUGUAAAGAAACUGAACGACGGUGAAACGCAAAUUGUGUGGAAGACUGUGGUCUCGGAUUCAGAGGCCACAAAUGACCGGGGAGUCCGUUCCUCUUGGUUCAAACUUGAACGUGUUCACUGUGAUGCUGCGAAUGCAGUUCAGCUUCGUUUAGAACAGUUUGAAGAAGACGAUUCUAGUAACAAUGCACAGAAAGCUUUACGUUUUCAUUUCAUUUUGAAACUGAUUACUCCUGGAGGCAAUGAAAUCGACGAAGAAACGAGUCAACCUUGCAGUGCUUUACCUGAAGCUGUAGGGGUCAGCAUUGACGAAGGAAGCAUUCAAAUGGCGACAAACAAGAUGAACGAAAAGUGGUGCACAUGGCAAUCGUUGAUGUACAGUUCCACGGCGAUUUACGACCAGGAGAUUACUUGUCGUAUUUGGAUCAAGUUUAACGAGAUGACAACAAAGGCCCCGAGUAAAAGUGAAACGAAUGCAUUGAAGCAGUUUACAAACUUGUACGUUCGUCAAACCAACUGUGAUGUGGAGUUUCAGUUUGAUAACGGCCAAUGCGUGGGCGGACACGCCAUCAUUCUGACGGCCAGAAGCCUAGUGCUCGCUGCUAUGAUACAACAAGCGAAUCGUCAGGGCGGUCAGGGCAAGAUCAGGAUCCACCACAUCCGCUUCGAGAUUUUCAAAGACGUUCUCCACUUUAUCUACUCUGGCAAAGUUUCGUCCUCCAUCAACCAAAUCAAAGCCCAGUCAUUGUUUGAAGCUGCCGACGAAUUCGAUGUUGGAGAUCUCAAACAACAAUGCGUUAGUUAUCUGAUUUCACACAUCCGAAUGAACAACGUUUAUCAGUUAAUCUCCUGGGCCAAGUUACACUCGGUCGACGAGCUCCUAGAAGCGGCCGUUCAUUUCCAUUGUGAAAAAUUGAUCAAGCUCUUCCCGAGUCUAAGUGUGUCGGCCUGUAGCCGAAUCACCAUGGCGAUGUCUCUCGUCUACUCUCACAUGUAAACCCACAGACGAAUGUCCACUUUUGUUACAAAGUCGUUUUAUUCCGUUUUUGAAUUUCUAACCUAAAUUUAUGUCUAUUGCUCAUUUCCUUUUUGGUCAUUUUCGGAGUUUAUACCAGUGAAAUAAACACGACGAAUAGUGUCACGACGUAAA